CCUGUCCACCAUCAAAAAAUAUGUCACUACAGAUGAUUACAGUCAGUAAUAACAUAGGCUUAAUCCAACCGGGCUUCUCACUGAUGAAUUUUGAUGGGCAAGUUUUCUUCUUUGGUCAAAAAGGCUGGCCCAAGAGGUCCUGCCCCACUGGAGUUUUCCAUUUUGAUGUAAAGCAUAACCAUCUCAAACUGAAGCCUGCAGUUUUCUCUAAGGAUUCCUGCUACCUGCCUCCUCUUCGCUACCCAGCCACUUGCACAUUCAAAAGCAGUUUAGAGUCUGAAAAGCAACAGUACAUUAUUCAUGGGGGGAAAACACCGAACAAUGAGCUUUCCGAUAAGAUUUAUGUCAUGUCUGUUGUGUGCAAGAACAACAAGAAAGUGACUUUUUGCUGUACUGAGAAAGACUUGGUGGGAGACAUCCCUGAAGCCAGAUACGGUCAUACCAUUGAUGUGGUGUACAGUCGAGGGAAGAGCAUGGGUGUUGUCUUCGGAGGGCGAUCGUACAUACCUCCUGCCCAAAGAACCACGGAAAAAUGGAAUAGUGUGGCUGAUUGCCUGCCCCACAUUUUCUUGGUGGAUUUUGAAUUUGGGUGCUCUACAUCAUACAUUCUCCCAGAACUUCAGGAUGGGCUAUCUUUUCAUGUCUCCAUUGCCAGAAAUGAUACCAUUUAUAUUUUAGGAGGGCAUUCACUUGCCAAUAACAUCCGCCCUGCCAACCUAUACAGAAUAACGGUUGAUCUCCCGCUGGGUAGCCCGGCUGUGAAUUGCACGGUUUUGCCAGGAGGGAUCUCAGUCUCCAGUGCAAUCCUGACUCAAACAAGCAGUGAUGAAUUUGUUAUUGUGGGUGGUUAUCAGCUUGAAAAUCAGAAAAGAAUGGUCUGCAACGUCAUCUCUCUUGAGGGCAACAAGAUAGAAAUUCGUGAGAUGGAGACCCCAGAUUGGACCCCAGACAUUAAGCACAGCAAGAUAUGGUUUGGAAGCAACAUGGGAAAUGGAGCUGUUUUCCUUGGCAUACCAGGAGACAAUAAACAGGCUGCUUCAGAAACAUUCUAUUUCUACAUGCUGAAAUGUGCUGAAGAUGAAGUGAAUGAAGAACAAAAAACAUUCACAAACAGUCAGACGUCAACAGAAGACCCAGGGGAUUCCACCCCCUUUGAAGACUCAGAAGAAUUUUGCUUCAGUGCAGAGGCAAAUAAUUUUGAUGGUGAUGAUGAAUUUGACACCUAUAACGAAGAUGAUGAGGAAGAUGAGUCUGUCACUGGCUACUGGAUUACUUGCUGCUCUACCUGUGAUGUGGAUAUCAACACGUGGGUACCAUUUUAUUCAACUGAGCUAAACAAACCUGCCAUGAUCUAUUGCUCUCAUGGAGAUGGGCACUGGGUCCAUGCCCAGUGCAUGGAUCUGGCAGAACGCACACUCAUCCAACUGUCAGAAGGAAGCAGCAAGUAUUACUGCAAUGAGCAUGUGAAGAUAGCAAGAGCAUUGCAGACCCCAAAACGAGCUGUACCCUUAAAAAAGCCUCCACUGAAAUCCCUCCACAAAAAAGGUUCUGGGAGAGUUCUUACUCCUGCCAAGAAAUCCUUUCUUAGAAGGUUGUUUGAUUAGUUUCACAAAAGCCUUCCAGAUUCCAGGGCAUCAAAUUUUUAAACCUAUCUUAAAGAAUCAUAGUAAUGAUAAAACGAUAUUCCUAUUUUCAUUUGUUGAAAAAUGCCUGUGUUUUUCUUUUAGUUAGAUGAAUUUAGUACCAGUAAAAAGUGUUUAUAAUACAGUGGUAAAUACUUGGAAAUACUUUACUGAUACGUCUUUAAUGAAAAUUUCUGAUCUGAAUUUUCCAUUCAAGGAUUCAUAAAUACAGAAGCAGUAAUAAGAUAGAUACAUAGAUACAUAGAUAGCUGGACUCCAUUGAAAUGAAUAAAUAAAAAGGGAAGCUGUGUCAAGUACAUUACAUUUUUAUCAAGUUAUCUGCAUGUACUUUCUUCAAAGUUUCCCCAUCAUAUGGUGUACAAAUGAUGAACCAAAACCAGUCACUUAACCCGAUUCUUGGAGAGGUUUAAUGAAAAGUGAUACUGCUCUGAUAAAAGAUGAGUGAGAGCAUGUGUUAAAAAAA